AUGGGCGGUGUCAUAUCUUCUUUCUCAGGCAGUAGCGGUGAAGACUCCAUCGCCGCGCGACAAGCGCUCGAGAAGAAGCUCGCCGACCGGGAAGAGACCAUCUCUGUCCUCGAGGAGGACCUCAGCAAGAAGGAGAAGGAGUGCACAACAGUUUCUCAGGAUGUCGAAGAACUGAGGAAAAAGAUCAAGGAGCUCGAGGCUCAGUCCUCGUCGGCUCUUGACGAGACCCACGCUCGCAUCGCCAUCCUGCAGGACGAGCUCAAGAAGGGCGGUGACACAUCUUCCGAGCAGCUUCGCAACACCAAGGAGGCCGCCUCCAAGAGCGCCCAGGACCUCGACGCCGCCAAGGCCGAGCUGGUUGCCCUCGAGGACAAGCUCAAUACUGUGGAGCAGGAGAAGCAGUCCAUCGUCGACCAGCUCGCCGCUCUCAAGGCCGAGCUCGCCGAGGUCAAGGAGGCCCGCGAGGCCCUCGAGUCUGCCCUCAACAAGGAGAUUUCCACCCUUAAGGCUCAGAUCACCGAGGCUGAGGAGAAGAACCAGACCCUGCAGCAGGCCCACAGCAAGCUUGAGGGUGACCUCACCGCCGCCUCCAGUGCUGCCGACGAGGGCAAGAAGGCCCUGACAGGUACCGAGGAGAAGUACACCACCCUUCAACAGACUCACGACAAGCUCGAGACCGACCUGGCUGCCGCUGUCUCCGCUCUGGAUGAGCAGAAGAAGGCCCUGGCCGGAUCCGAGGAGAAGUACACCACCCUGCAGCAGUCUCUCGACAAGCUCAAGGAGGAGUCCGACGCUCAGCUUUCCUCUGCCAAGACCGACCUGGCUCAGGCUGAGGAAAAGACUGCUGCCCUUCAGCAGACGCACGACAAACUCAAGACAGAUUCCGAGAGUGAGCUCUCAUCACUCAAGGCCCAGCUGGCUGAGCUUUCCGAGCUCCAGACCAAGCACGCCGCCCUCGAGCAGACUAACCAGGCCCUGGAGAAGGAGCUGGCCGAGCUCAAGGAGAAGGUUGCUUCCCUGGAGAAGAAUAACGAGGCACUGAAGAGCGACUCCUCUGCCGGCCUGGUGGCUGCCCAGAAGGAGGCUGCCGAGUGGCAGGAGAAGCACAGUGCCCUGCAGACCACCCACGACGGUCUCUCCAGCGAUCUUGAGGCUGUCAAGAAGCAGCUCGCUGACUCCGAGGAGGCCCAGAAGAAGUCCAGCGAGGAGCAAGCCGCUCUUGAGAAGAAGCUCGAGGAGCAGGAGGCUAAGCUGAACGACGUCGAGAAGCAAGCGGAGGAGGCCAAGGCCAAUGCUACAAAGGUUGAGGAGGACCUCAAGGCCUCCCAGGCUGAGAAGGAAGCCCUCCAGGCCAAGAUUGCUGGCCUCGAGUCUGACUCUCAAACUUCCAAGGAGUCCGAGUCCGGCCUCAAGACCAAGCUUGAGGAGGCCGAGGCUAAGGUUACUAGCCUUGAGGCUGACGCCGCCAAGGCCAAGGAGACUGAAUCUGAGCUCAAGGCCCAGGUCGAGGCAGCCCAAGCCAAGGUCACCAGCCUCGAGGCUGAGGUCCAACAAGCUAAGGAUGCUGAGGCCGCCUUGAAGACCAAGGUCGAGGAAGCUGAGGCCAAGGCCGCCAGCCUCGAGUCGGAGCUGCAGAAGGCCAAGGAUGCCGAAGCUGAGCUUGAGACUAAGGUUGAGGAGGCCGAGGCCAAGAUCGCCACUCUGGAAGCGGAUGCGCAAAAGUCGACCGACGCCGAGUCCGGCUUGAAGACGAAGCUCGAGGAGGCCCAGGCCACCGAGGCUGAUCUGAAGAGCAAGCUUGAGGAGGCUCAGGCUGGCCAGACUAGCGCUCAGACCGAGAAGGAGGAGGCUCUUGAGAAGGCUGCUGAAGCGGCAGAGAAGGUCAAGGCUCUGGAGGCUGAGAAGACCUCUGCGGACGAGAAGGCCACUGCCCUCGAGAAGGAAAAGACUGAUGCCGAGGAGAAGACCAAGGCUGCUCAGUCUGCCUUCACCAGCGCCCUUGAGAAGGUCAAGGCCAUCCAGGCUGAGAAGAAGGAGGCUGUGGAGAAGAGCGAGGCGUCCGCUAAGGAGACUGCCGAUGCUCUCGAGAAGAUCAAGGCAUUGGAGGCGGAGCUCACGGAGCUCAAGGCAAAGCAGACCAACGGAACUGCCGAGGCAUGAGCCAAGGCUACGUGACGUCGGUGAUGUGAAGUGAUGGACGGAUGGACGAGAUGCCCCCUGACGAAUCUCUUGGUGAAGAAGAGAAGAAAAAGUUUAUAUGAUCGAUGUAUGACGCUGGAUGAACUGAAAUGUCUGUCUAAUUCAUAUCACGGGAAACGAAGGAGUGGACACAUGCGUCUUUGAUGAACUCGAUACCCUUACAUUAGUUUUUAG